UUUUUAAAGGUCAUCAGUGAGAAGUGGAGAAAUGGCUAAAUUGACCCAGUUAAUUGACAAUGAAGUCUUCCGGGCUUAUGCUACUUAUGCAACUAUUGUUCUUCUAAAAAUGAUGCUAAUGAGUCUUAUAACAGCAUACUUCAGAAUCACAAGAAAGGCAUUUGUUAACCCAGAAGAUACAGCAUCACUUGGUAAAGGCGAGAGUGCUAAAAAAUAUCUGCGGACUGAUCCAGAUGUUGAACGUGUGCGCAGAGGCCACCUGAAUGACCUUGAAAAUAUUGUCCCAUUUCUUGGCAUUGGACUGCUGUAUGCUCUUAGUGGCCCUGAGCCGUACACAGCCUUGCUGCAUUUCAGGAUCUUCGCUGUGGCUAGGAUCACUCACACUUUUGCGUACUUGAUCCCUCUUCCCCAGCCCAGCAGAGGUUUGUCUUGGGCAGUUGGGUAUGCAGUGACCAUCUCGAUGGCAUACAAAGUGCUGAAGACGGCAUUGUACCUGUAGCAGAGUCGUAGCUUCUGUGUACCAUUCGACAUUCCACGCAAAGUUUCCAGCAGUGUAUGUCGAUGGCUUGAAUGAGCCAGCAUGAGUUUUCCAUGGUGACUGGAAUUCAUUUUUUAACAGAGGCUUUUCAUUCCUGUUCAGAAAUAUUUCUUUCUGGAGGAAAAAAAAUCCUUCUCCCUGUGUUCCCUAUUCAUGGUCUGCGUUGCCAAAAUGUUAGAUUGAAUGUUCCCUUUGCGAUUUGUCAAGUGCUUACAAUUCUAAACAUGCGAUGAUGCUGUAUGGAUAGCAUGUGUGGUAAUUUUCUACAGAUGCACUAUUUUUGGCUGUAGCUCUGAAGUCUAAAUCAAUAAAGACAAGA